GGGCUCGCAGCGGCCCCGAGGCUCGCAGACCUCCCUGGAGGCUGCCGGAGGAGCCAGCACCAGGGCCCCGCAGCCUCCCCGGCGCGGCGGAGGCAGGUGGCGCCUUGCCAGCCUCCGUCCUCCGAAAUAAGUUGGGAGCAGUCUCCCGGAGCAACCUGCAGGUAUUCCGCUCCCGGGUGGCGCUUCGGCUCCGAGGGGCUGGCUGGGGAAGGCUCUGAUCCCGUCCUCGGGAGGCCGCGAAGCGCAAAUAACCGCCCCGGCGAGGCCAGCCUCCCUCGGCGGCGUGCGGAGGCAGGGAGGCCGUGAUCUGCUGCUGCUCGGGGCCGUGGACGCCGACCUCGGGAACCCCAUCCCGCGAUGCCCCAGCGUGCCUGAGGCCCGGCAGCCGCGGGGAUGGAGCUGAAGGUGUGGGUGGACGGCAUCCAGCGGGUGGUCUGCGGCGUCUCGGAGCAAACCACCUGCCAGGAGGUGGUCAUCGCUUUGGCGCGGGCCAUAGGUCAGACCGGGCGCUACGUCCUGGUGCAGAAGCUCCGGGAGAAGGAGCGGCAGCUCCUGCCCCUCGAGUGCCCCUUGGAGUCGCUGGCCAAGUGCGGGCAGUAUGCCAACGACGUGCAGUUCAUCCUGCGGAGGACAGGCCCCAGCGUGGCCGAGCGGCCGUCCUCGGAGGGCGCUCCCCAGGCUCCCGAGAGGACUUUCAUCCGGGCCAGCCUGCCCAUCAAGCCCCGCACCGUGAGCACCGAGGUGCCCCGGCCCCGGGAGCCCAAGAAAUCGAUGACCUUCAACUUGGGUCCCAUGGGCUCCGGCGACCUGUUUGCUAAGAGCCGCUGGAGGCAGCACGCCUGGGAGGGGAUGGAGCUGAAGGACGGCGGGGCCGGCCAGCUCUCCAAGGAGGAGCUGUUUAAGACAGUGCUGCGGCAGCAGGAGCAGCUCAGCUCCUUGGAGGCCCACGGGGACACCCUGGAGACGGACCUGCGGUUCUGGGAGCACGGCCGGGCCCCCAGCCAGGAGGACGAGAUCCUCUACCUGGAGCACCUGGUGCGGAGGAACGAGACGGAGCUGGGCGAGGAGGAGUUCUGGCAGAGCGAGCUCCGGCUGGAGAAGGAGUGCGAGCGGGAGAGGCAGGAGCGGGUGAGGAGCCUGCGGGCCAGCCUGGAGGAGUACACGCAGAGGAUCUACGAGCUGAGCGCCCGCACCGAGGCCCUGCAGAAGGAGAUCCAGUGGGAGAUGGCCGAAAGGGCCAAGAGGGGCAAGGAGAGCCCUGUGCCGAGCCCCACGGACCUGGAGGACAUGGCUGCCAAAAUGAAAAGGGAUCUGGAAGCUAAAGUCAAGCAGGGCACGCAGCUGGAGAGCAACCUGGCCAGCGUGGAGAAGGCCCUGGAGGAAGCCGAAAGGUCUCUGCAGGCCCAGAACCAAGAGCUGGAGGAGUUAAAUAAGGAGCUGAGGCAGUGUAAUUUGCAGCAGUUUAUUCAGCAGACGGGAGCCACGGUGACCGUCGGGCAGGCCAGGUCUGAGGAGGACGCCCAGCCGGAGCCGAGCCCGCGCGAGCUGCCAGCCUGCCGGAGGAACGGAGGGUUUCCCCCCUCCGGCGGCGACUCGCCUCCCCGCGCCAGCACCAAGCAGCUCCUCGGCCAUCCCCGGGCCCUGCCGGAGCCCCUGGUGUCCAGCCUGAACCCCGAGGUGCUUUACAAACAGUGGAUGAAGCUGGUGUCCGCCGAGAAGGCAGCCGUCUCCAGGAUGAAACAUGGCAGCUUGUUAAUAAUGCACAGCAGCAGCGCGGAGCAUUUUAGGACAGGAGGAGAAGGGGACGGCACCUGGCUGCAGAUAUGAGCAGCAUCUCCCCGAGGAAAGCCGAGGAGCUGAGGGCGGACCGAGGCGCUGCUGCUCUCUGACCCCGCUUGGACGUGCUGGCUCAGCCCUUUCCGGAGGUGCCCGCGAGCCCCCAGCACGGCCGUGCCACCGCAGCAGGCGUGGGGACAGCGGCCGCUGGCGUCCGGCAGGAUUUUCCCCAUGCCACAGCGAGGGGCGGCUGCAGGCGAGUGAAAUACUAAUGGGGGAGAGGAAAGCCGUCGAGGGCAGCGCGGCAGAGCCCCCCGCUCGCUGCGUGAGUGCCUGCUGCCGUUCAGCAGCUGGUUACGCGGUGUUUGAGGAUGAGUUUGCCUCGUUUGGAGGCCGCUGCUAGCGCCCCGUCUCCGCUUAGUCCUGAAGAACAGCGAGGAGUUGCGAUUUCAGGGUUGUCUUUUUGGAACCGAGAUUUUCUUCCCUUUUUUUUCCCCCUCGAAUCGCUGGAGCUGGAAACGUACGUUGGGAAAAAAUGUGUUAAAAAUACGUUUGCUCCGUGCAGCCGCAUGAAGAAGUCUGUCCCCUGCGGCCAGAGCGCUGAUUGCUUGUUUUUUGAACUUUUUGCUACUCUUGCUUUUAAAACGAGACUCCAAGGAAAGUGCUGGGGCACGAUGGAGGUCGUAAAGAGCAUUUCAGUGCUGCUUGUGGAAAAACCCCAAACCCUAGGUUCAGAAAAACUGCUUGCCUUGGACGCAGCCAGGUUUUCCUCUGGGGACACGCAGACUGCUUUCCCCUGCUUGGCCGAUUACCUGAGCGUUGGCUGCCUCGCUUCCCCCCGAACCAGCCCUGAGAACUCGAGGUGUUCGCUGAAAUCGUCAGCGUGCCUGAAAAACUGGUGUCUGCGGGUUAAAAAAAGGGGCGCUCUCGUUUCGGGACCCCGUUUGUAAUUCUGCUGUGUGCAAAUCAAAGAGGAAUAAAGAGAAAAGGUUCGUCGCUGACAGCACCUCCUGCAGGGGGGGGAAACCACAGAGAAAUAAUUCAGCGGCGCUGGAAUUUCUGAUUCUAGCCCUGCGUUACCGCUUGCUCGGUGGUUGUUUGGGUGUUGUUGGUUUAUUUUUGUUGUUGUUUUGAAGAUGAUUUUCUGUGGGUUUGGGUGUCCCUGGGGAGAGAGCGCUGCGGCCGUGCGCUAGCCCUGGGUUUUCAGCUGUCACCAGCGCUCUGCACAUCUCUGUGCCCGAGGGCUGUCCCACGGGGGUGCUUCCUUACCGACAAGCAGGGCAAGAGCCUGGUGCCCUUCUGCGGCUAGAUUUAUUUAUUUCUCUCUACAAAGCCUGCGCCCAGCCCCACAAAGGCGGCAGAGUUCCUCAAGGUAAUGAACGACUGGCUGAAUCCAGCCCCCGGACCCCCGCCCUGCCGUCCCCCCGCCGCGCGGCUCAGCAUCGGUGACCUAAAUUCAUCGUGGCACGAGGGGCCCCGCGCUUCAGGGAGGCGGUGGCGUGCGGUGGCACCCCCUUGGCUCCCUAAUCCGGGUUUGGCGAGGGACCGCCAGGCUGCUUGUCCCGCGUCCGGUGCCGCCGGGCUGCGCUUAACGCCGCGCGCGUUAUUUAACCAGGCGAGGCUCGCCGCCCGCCGCAGCUCUCUGCCUUCCUGCUUUUAUCUGCUCUAAAGGCUGUGUCAAUAAUACAUUUCUGCCAUUGAAUAUUUUAUUGAUGAUUUGACUUUUCGCUGCUUGCAAUUCCCAUUUCAAGGCUGCAUGAUUGUUCCUAAUUAAAAUUUUAUGCCCUGGGAGAAGCCUUCUUGCUACAGUGGAGAUGAUGCCAUCCUUUUCUAGGCCACUACUGAGUGGUAGGAAGGAAUUACUCAUUGUUAUGAGAGUAAAACAAAGCAAAUUAUUAUUUUUAUUU